CACGUGCAUCUUCAUCCCGAGACUUUCACGAGGCGUACAGUGGGGCGCAAUCGCCUGUUUGCUGGUACCUGGUUAAGAUGUCUUUGAUCUGCACCCUCCUAGCUGCGAUCGUGGUGGGCAAGUCCCUUGCCGCAUUCCCAAAAGGCUAUGUAUUGAAAGUAACUUCCCAGUGUGGCAGUAGCGAAAGUGACGAAGCCAUAAUCAAAAUCGUCGCCGACCUCGACUUCAAGGGAACGGCAAUAUGUGCCGGCGCAGCCAAGGUGCCCUUCGAACGUAUCGACAAGGCCACAGCCCUACUUAAAGUGACGUACGGCAAGGGGGGCGCUGGCAAAUGCCAGUUCAAUAAACGCGACAAAGUUCGUGUGUACGUCAUAAAAGUCAAAGUGGCAUAUGGCGAGGAAGGUAGCCUUGUAUACCAAGCGGAGGAGGAACGAACGAUUUCUUGUACAUUCGACUCCAAGAACAGCAACCAGACUCGAGGCAGUCUCAUCACGGCUGGGUUGAUUGCGCCGUCGGCACUGUCCAACUACCACGGUCCAGCGGCUACGUCCAAGCUGACACUGCAGCUGACCGAUGUCCUAGGCAAGGACAUGCUAGGGCGGAAGGUGUGGCGGAGCAGGAAGGUGCAGCUCAAGGGCACGGCCAGCGGUUCUAGCGGAGAGAAGGGCGUGAAGCCGGUGGAAUGUGACGCCAUUGGUCACUCCUCGGGCAGGCGGUACGCAGUCAUCCGAGCAGGAUGCGGGGACGGUAUUGUCUUUGCGAAGGAUGCUGGUUUCAUCACUGACGGCCUUGUUACCCGGAGCCCAUUCUUCGAGACUUUCGGCAUAGAGAACGAUACAGCUUUGAAUUUUCAAUGCAACUUUACUUUAUGCACGAACAAAUGUGAUGGAGACUCUUGCAAAUCCGAGAGAAGACGUCGGUCAGAACCUGAGCAAGUUCCAGAUAUGCUGGCUGGUGGCAACAUGUUUGUGGAAUCGGAACUCCUCAACCUCGCCAAGCAGGAACCAGUGAACCACAUGACUGAAAGUGACGUCAUACAGCUCAUGGUCGAGGAUGGUCGCAUCAGAGAUGGUGCCAUCUACUGGUCCGCGAUACUAGGCCUUGGAUUACUCGUCGUGACGUCAUUUGCAAUAUCCCUUGCAGCCUGUGUGGGCCCAUUCCGUGUCAGAGCGAGAGACAAUGUCAAGGCGUAGCACCAUCUGAAUUAAAACCCUGGCAAACUCA